UACAGUAAACAGUUUCACCGGUUGCUUUUCACCAGUAAACAGUCUAGCGCUAAUGAUCGGCUGAUCUAACAUCUUCCGUAUUCGCACUAUUUAGCUGUACAGUCAAAAUUUACCACACAAAAUAUACAAAAGAUUUGUCACAUAAAAUAGCGCUUCUGGUUUUGAGGGUACUAUGGUUUUUGCAAUGCGCAAACCCCGAAAUCAUAUUGAUAUUUCUCUAAUUCUAGCAUAGAACAUCAUUAUUGUUUUUUUAUUGGGUAUAGAAUUAACAGGGUCCGAUUCUCGACUUGUUGGAAAUGGAUCUUUUUUUACUGUUUAUUGCGUUGUCUGUCAGUCUGACCACAAUUACGGCACAUCAAGAAUCAAAUUCCCUCAAAGAUUUGUUAUCCAGCGGAAAAUCGAACCGUGCAACUAACGCCGCUUGUUCAGAUAUCUCCGGAAACUGGUACAACCAACAUGGAUCGGAAAUAAUUUUUACUCCUGGUGCCAAAUCUUCACUUUCUGGAACAUUUGCUUCCACUGUUAGCCUUUACAAGAACAAAAGGCCCACCGCAGAUCCGGUGAACGGAAAGCUGGUUGGGUAUCUCCAAAGGGACGGUUCAUUCGGAUUUGCCGUCAUUUGGGACAACGCGUCUAACCAGACCACAGCUUAUUCCGGAAAUUGUUAUCCUGAUGAAAACGGAGAAAUCCUUAUAGCAGCAUGGCAUCUUGCUGAAAAACAACAUUCCAUCGGAGAUGCAUGGAAAGGUUUUAGAUCGGGGCAAGAUAUUUUUACAAGGCGCAAGCGGCUCCACCACUUCAGUUAGUCCUUUGGUAAAACUAAGCGCACCACGGCAGCACACCACGCGAAAAAAGCUGAAGUAACAUAAAGACUUCGAGUUUUUAGUGUUUCCUUUUGCUGGUCAUUAAGCUAUUUUUCAAUGGGUGCUGUUCUUAUGAAAAUCGUAAGCAGCGCCUGCGUUGCAGGUUUGGGCAAUGAGUAAAACUCAGUGCAAAUCUACGUACGUACGUACGCGAAGGACAAUUAGUUUGUAGUAAAUUAAAAUGCUGGCCACAUCGAUG